UGUCACGGCUGACUGAAGGUCGUAUGACUGCUUGGAGAACUGAUCAGGCUUCAGGUCAGUCCGAGCCUGUUUCAGGUGGAACGGUUGAGCUGAAGAGAUGGAGCCUGUUUCAUCUCACCAGGUGACCAUCAACAACCCCGCUGACAUCACCGUCAUCUGUGGGUAUUUCCUUAUGGUCAUUGGUGUUGGCGUCUGGUCCAUGUUUCGGACCAAUCGUGGGACAGUUGGAGGAUAUUUCCUGGCAGGGCGAUCCAUGGCCUGGUGGUCGGUCGGUGCUUCCUUGUUUGCCAGUAACAUUGGCAGUGGUCACUUUGUGGGUCUGGCAGGAACCGGGGCAGCAGCUGGCAUCGCUGUAGGAGGGUUUGAGUGGAACGCUCUGUUCAUCGUGCUGCUGCUGGGUUGGUUGUUCGUACCCGUCUACCUCACCGCUGGGGUGAUCACAAUGCCACAGUACCUGAAGAAGAGGUUUGGUGGGUCCAGAAUCAGCCUCUACCUGUCCGCUAUCUCCCUGUUCCUGUACAUUUUCACCAAGAUCUCAGUGGACAUGUUUUCAGGAGCGGUGUUUAUCCAGCAGGCGCUGGGCUGGAACAUCUAUGUGUCCGUCAUCGCCCUCCUGCUCAUCACAGCUCUGUACACAAUCACAGGCGGGCUUGCGGCUCUCAUGUACACAGACACAUUUCAGACGCUGGUCAUCAUUGCCGGGGCUCUGGUGCUCUCGGGGUUCUCCUUUGCCAAGGUCGGAGGCUACAGCGGUCUGCUCGCCAAGUACAGCUCUGCCAUACCGACGAACUUCUCCUCCCUGGACCCGCAGAGCUACAACAUCUCCUCCCACUGCUACACCCCCCGACAGGAUGCCUUCUCCCUGCUGAGAGACCCCUCUAGAGGGGACCUUCCCUGGCCUGGGGUGGUGUUUGGGAUGACGAUUGGAGGGAUUUGGUACUGGUGCUCAGAUCAGGUGAUUGUGCAGCGGUGCCUUGCAGCUCGUAGCAUCACCCACGUGAAGGCUGGCUGCAUCGUGUGCGGCUACCUCAAAGUGCUCCCAAUGUUUCUUAUGGUGUUCCCAGGAAUGAUCAGCAGGAUCCUGUACCCAGAUCAGGUUGGCUGUGUGGUCCCUGAGGACUGUAAACAGAUCUGUGGGACGGAGGUGGGCUGCUCUAACAUUGCUUACCCUAAGCUGGUGAUGGAAGUCAUGCCCAAUGGUCUGCGAGGCCUGAUGCUGGCUGUGAUGCUGGCGGCUCUCAUGUCUUCCUUGGCCUCCAUCUUUAACAGCAGCAGCACCUUGUUUACUAUGGACAUCUGGACCCGCAUCAGACCACGGGCUGCUGAGCACGAGCUCAUCGUCGUAGGCAGAGUCUGGGUUCUGUGUAUCGUAGCUGUGAGUAUCUGCUGGAUCCCAGUAGUUCAGGCAGCUCAGAGCGGUCAGCUGUUUGACUACAUCCAGUCAGUCUCCUGCUAUCUGUCCCCCCCCAUCGCCUCUGUCUUCCUGCUGGCUGUAUUUGUCAAGAGAGUCAACGAAAUGGGAGCUUUCUGGGGCCUGAUCGGUGGUCUGAUGAUGGGUCUAUGUCGGAUGCUGCCUGAGUUUUGGUUUGGUACUGGGAGUUGUGUGUUCCCUUCUCAAUGCCCUUUCCUGGUGUGUGGGAUCCACUACUUGCACUUUGCCAUCAUACUCUUCUUCUGUACAUCGGUGCUGGUUCUACUGGUCAGCUACUGCACCGAGCCCAUAGACGAUCAAUAUCUCCAUCGUCUGGUGUUCAGUCUUCGUCAUUCCAAAGAGGAGCGGAAAGAUCUGAACUGGGAGCAAGAAGAAAAGGAAAGAAGAGCUUACAAAAACACUCAAGAGACGAGGGAGAAUGACGACGCGGUCAUAGAAGCCAAAGACGACCCUUCUGGUUUCUGCGACCUGGUUACUGGUUUUUGCAACCUGACUGGCAACUCCCAGGCUCCAGACGAGGCUGAAACCGUGGAGCCCAAGAUGCCCGACAUCACCGAGGACCCAGUGUGGAAGCACGCAGUGGACGCCAACGCCCUGGUCAUGAUGACUGUAGCGGUCUUCAUGUGGGGAUACUUUGCUUGACUUAGUCUUUUAUCAGAAAAAACAUUGAAACAGUUGUUUUGUUGAAACGCUGGUCUUUCGUUAUUUAAAAGUAAUUACACCUGCCGGCCAAAUUAUGGAGCGUUUCAAAAUAAAGCAAAUCUGAAGUGAGGCUCUCGCUCUUGUAUCUCAGUCUGAAACUGUUAUUAAAUUGUUCCAACUGCAGAUUU